AGAGAGAGACAGAGAGAGAGAAAGAGAGAGAGAGAAGGAAAGAGAGGAGGGUGAAAGAGAGGGGGGUGAAAGAGAAAUCAACGAAGGGAGGGGGAGUAGAGUGAGGGUGAUGUCAAACCAGCUGAGCUCAGAAAGUAAACAGAGCUCCAGACUGCAGCAUGCUUUCAGCGGGACAGGGACUGCCUAUGCUCCCUCACACCGGCACCCACCACUCCACCGGGACCCCCGGCUCUCUCCUCUUCAACACCCUCCUCAUCCUCAUCUCACUGCCCCAGGGGACAGCAUGGCCUUACGACUACAGGCACCUGUAUAACCACUGCCCAGGCCCAGAAUGGAACGUCAUGUGUCGGGGCUGCUGUGAGUAUGACGUCAUCCGUUGUAAGUGUCCUUUCCAGGGCACCCCUGUUGGCUACGCUGUGCCCUGCUGCCGCAACGCAAUCAACGAGUGUGACCCCUGCAUCAUCCACCCAGGUUGCAGCAUAUUUGAGAACUGUAAGCGGUGUAACAACGGGACGUGGGGCCCCAGAGAUAAUUUCUUUGUCAAGGGGAAGUACUGUGCUGAGUGUCGACCCGGCUGGUCAGGCGGUGACUGCUUGAAGUGUGGAGGAGUGAUCCGUAAACAUCAGGGCCACAUAGUUCUGGAAAGUUACCCCACCAACGCUCGCUGUGAGUGGACAGUUCAGGUGGACCCACGAUUCACCAUCAACUUCAGGUUCAUGAUGCUGAGCCUUGAGUUCGACCACUCCUGUCGCUACGACUAUGUAGAGGUGCGUGAUGGUGACAGCAUCAACUCUCGUGUGAUUGGUCGGUUCUGUGGGAACGACAGGCCUGCUCCAAUCCAGAGCUCCGGCAACUCCCUACAUGUCCUGUUUGUGUCCGAUGGCUAUAAGAACUUUGACGGCUUCUUUGCCAUCUUCCAGGAGAGCUCAGCAUGCAGCUCCUCCCCCUGUCUCCACGAUGGAACCUGUAUCCUGGACACGUCCCACUCCUACCGCUGUGCCUGUCUGGCUGGCUACACUGGACAGAGGUGUGAGAAUGUUGUAGGUUGUCGGAGGCCCCCAGUACCUGUCCAUGGCACCACAGAGGGGGUAUUCCAUAACUCAGGGGCACAAGUCAUAUUCAGCUGUGACCCUGGGUUCGAGCUGAGGGGGGUCCGCACAGCCGUAUGCCUCCGGGAUGGCACCUGGAGCGCCCCUGCCCCCCAGUGUGUGCCCAUGGUGAAGUUCUGUGCCAUCCCAGCCAAGCCCAUCCAUGGAGACCACUUCAAGGUGUACGGUCCCAAUGACGUCAUCCUUGCCCUGCAGUAUCUGUGCUACCAGCCCUACAAGCUGAGCGGAACCCACCAGAGAACCUGUCUUCCCAACAACACCUGGAGCGGAACACCUCCCACCUGUGGCAAAGUGAAUAACACACUUGCUGAAUCAGGCAAAGAUACAGAAAAGAACAAAGAAACGGAUGCAGAGAAAGACAAAGACACUGACACAGACACACAUAAAGACAUUGAAAACCCCAAAGACAAAGAGAUAGACAAUACUACGGGUAUCAAGGAGGACGUGGCUGGUAAAGAUCCAGACACAGGCCUGAGGAACACGACAGUGGACAUUAGAGAUGGUAAAGAGAAAAACAUAGACAUUACUCGGGUCAAUAUCCCAGAAGGAAGCAAGGAUAAAACGAGUGACAAAGAAAAAGAAACAGGGCUAGAGAAACCUACUGGAGGUAGCAAGGAUAAAGGGGACAGUAAAGAAACGGAUGACAUGUUAAACACAGUGGAGGGAGACAGAGAAAAUGACUUGGGGAAAACCACAGAGGACACAGAUGGCAGUCCAGAUACGGGGGGAGACACAGAUGUGCUGCAGGAGAUAGGCAAGACUACAGAGAUUCCUGAGAUAGUGGUGGUGGUGGAAGAUAAAGGACAGGAGAAGAAAGAGGAGAAGAAAGAGGAGAAGAAAGAGCAACCGGGAGAUACAAGCAGUGGUCCAAACAUAGUUGAUCCUAACGACUUAAAACCACGGGGAGACACAUUUGCCAUAGAUUACACUGAGAUAAAACCACGGGGAGACACAUUUGCCAUAGAUUACACUGUUACGGACGUGUUUGGCACCAAUGACAUAGAGCAGGGUCUCAAUACAACAGUGUCUAAAGACGUUGUGAAGAGUAUUAUUCCAACUAGAAGUAACAACACACAGUUCACGCCAUAUUCAUCAGGAGGUCAGGAAACCAAAAUGCCUGUGGGAAAACCACGCAAAGACAUAGGAUCGACGAAAGACGUGGGAUCAACUAAAGAUUCAAGAGGAGCCAAAGACACAGCGGCAAGUACAAGCAAACCUGAAGAGGAAAAUGCAGGAAAAGAUUCAGAAAAGCCAACUAAAGAGUCUGAGGAUGAGAAGAGAGAGAACCAAAUCAUCAACGAGAAGAGCUGUCCUCCUCUCCCGCAGCUCUACCAUGGGUACCAGCAGGUGGUGCCAGGGAUGGUGCCAGAGACGGUGGAGUUCUUCUGUAACCACUCAUACGCUCUUAGUGGUGACGCCCGACGCUCCUGCCAGCCUGGCAGCUCCUGGGGGGGCGUUCAACCUGUUUGUGUGAGAGCCUGCAGAGAGCCCAAGGUCUCCGAGCUGGUCAGACAGAGAGUUCUGCCUCCACAGGCCCCAUUCAGGAAGACCCCUGUGCAUAAGCUCUACUCCUCCUCUGGGUUCAGGAGAAUCUUCCAAUCCGCCGGCCCCACCAAAGGACCUCCAGUGCUAUCCCAGCUGCCCCAGGGCUUCCACCACCUCUACACUCACGUAACGUACGAGUGUGCCUCUCCCUUCUAUCACCACUCAGGCAGUGCACGCCGCACCUGCCUCAAGACUGGCAAGUGGAGCGGGCGUCAUGUCUCCUGCUCGCCAGUAUGUGGGAAGCACCCCACCUUUGACCCUCAGAGCCCAGCCGAGUCCCACUGGCCCUGGCUAGCCGCCAUCUACCGACGCUCCACCAACAUAGCAGGGACCAAGCUAGACAAGAAGGCCAGCCUGGACAAGACAUUAAAUAUGGGGCCUGGAGCUGUACCAGGAGCAGGGGCUGGGUCCCAGGGGCAGGAUGAUGCCUCAGGCUGGCAGCUGGUGUGUAGCGGGGCCCUGGUGAACCAGCGGAGUGUGGUGGUGGCAGCCCACUGUGUUACUGAGCUGGGGAAGAUGUACCCUCUUGAUGCAGCCAAGGUCAAGGUGGUGAUAGGAAAACACUACCGCAGUGACCUCCGGGAGACCAAGGGCCUGCAGCAUCUUAGGGUGGCCUCUAUCUCUGUCCACCACAACUACGACCCCCUGGUCUUGGACUCAGACUUGGCCGUGAUCAAGUUGCUGGACAAGGCUCGUAUCGGGGAGAAGGUCCUGCCCCUCUGUCUGCCUGACACCCAGGGGGAAGAGGCGACCUCCAGAAAGGGGCUGGUGAUGGGCUGGGCCCCCCUGCCGGACCCCCGGAUUGGGGAAGAGGAGAGGGCCAGGGUGGGUGUGCAGCACCUGGCUGACGUGGUGCCCUGCGAGCAGCAGUAUGCCCGUAAUGGCGUGCCUGUGAGCGUUACAGACAACAUGCUCUGCGGCCGCCAGCGACCCGACUAUGGUCCAUCUAACAUCUGUCCUGCGGACACAGGGGGUAUCCUGAUCCUUCCCGCUCAGACAGGCUCCACCCAGGACCCCUCUCUUGCCUCUCCAGGGGGGCGGGACAUGUCCAAAGGGGAGUGGCGGCUGCUGGGGUUGGUGAGUUUCGGGUAUGACCAGGGAGAGUGUGACCCAGACCUGUUUACUGUGUACACACAUGUGGCUAACUUCAAAGACUGGAUAGAGAGCCAUAUGAAGUGAGAUCACCAGGAUGUGACCCACCCUGUAUCUCUCUUUUCCUCCCUCCAACCAACUACACAUGCUUUUUUUGCCAAUCUCUCUCUUCAUCAUUAUUCCCCGUUCCUUUUAUUUGCCAACAUCUUCUCCAUUCUGCAUUUCCCUCCUUUCUUUCCCUCCUUUCCACCGUCCCUCUUCCUGUCAAACACAGGCAGGGAGUGUGAUCAGUAAAGAGCAGAGCAACACUGGACUACACAGGGCGGUGCACUGAUGUUAGGGUGCCCUAACACAGCCUGAUCAGGUAGACCCUCCACUCAACACAGUACUUCAGUGUUCAGGCUUUACCUUCAACCUGGUGCUACAGACUUGAAAACGACUUGAAAACCAGUACCCUCUGGCCUCUGGGAAAACCUGGUUUUCAUUGUAUUCUUUGAUAUGUAUAUAUAUAUAUAUAUAUAUAUAUAUAAUGUAAUGUAUUAGUAUUAUUAUGGCUGUGCACAUGGCUCAAGUGAUGUACAUAUUUUAUAGAAGGACAGCAAAGCCAUGUUUUUAAUUAACGAUAUGUGGGUGUGUGUGAAGACACAGUGGUCUGAUUGGAGUUGAUCACGGAGAGUGGUUCUGUGAGCUUUAAUCCAGUAUUAAUUCAAGGAGACCCAUAUGAUUGUAAUAAAUAGAGAUGAAAGAGAGAACCUGGCGCUUGCUAUGCAAAUCAGCCAGCCGUUCAGCCAGGGCCAAUUCUCCAGCGAAAGCCUAUGAAUUAAUCCAGGUCAAAUAUGCACAAUGAAAGGCUUCAAUUGAACCUGAUAUUUUUUAGAACAGCUCCCUCUUACAUGCCUACCCAGUUAAUAAAGUACAUAUAAUGAAGUUAAUCACUUAAGUGUUGACCCCUCUGCUAGUAUCUAAAGAGUAAUUGAGGGAAGUAAUUCACGGAGAAACAUUUAGCCACAGGGUGGAUGUAUCAAAACAUCCAUUUCUAUGGAGGGAUGCUCACGGCCAGAGUGACUGAGGAUCCACACACACCAAAGUCAUGCUCACUUCACUUCCUCUAUUACCCGUGUACUUACAAUAGAUGUACAAAAACAACUACAGAAUAAGCUCACAAGUCCAGCACACAUGUUGUAUGAUCAUCUAUCAUGACUACGUUCAUGAUUGAUUCUGUAAUAUAUAUUUUCAUGUAAUGGGACACAAUAAACACAUAGAUAUAGAAAUCUCCUGGAUCAUUAAAACGGACAUUUACCCAAUCACGACUAACCGCACAUAUCACUAUAGAAACCAGAAAAUAUA